UUUACAAUUGUUUUGGGUACUUUUAUUAAAAACAAAAUUUUAUUACUUUUAAAUUUUGCUACGCCUAAUUUAAUAUUUUGCAAUUUAUAGAAAUCGAUUUCAAAAGUUUGUAUUUCUUCCGGUGUUAGUAUAUUAUUUACCAUAAUAUUGCUAUUUGCAGCAAUGAUAUUGUUUUGGAUAUGUUCAAUAUUAUCAUUUAAAAUUUUUAUUUUUAACAUAUUAUCCAUAUAAAAUAAAUGUGAAAGAAUAUCGUUGUUAGACUGAUCUACGCUAUUAAAUUUCUGUAAUUUUUUGCCUAUCCAAUUCAAUUGUUUUAGCUAGUUUUCUCAUAAUUUCGUUGAAAUUAUUAUUUAUAAGUAUAUUGUUAUUAAAAGCGUCUAUCAUGUUGUGGGUAUUCUCAUCUAUUGUACUUAUAUGAUUUUCUAUUUCGGAUCUGUCCUCAUCAUCCAUGGUACCAGCUAUCCAUUUGAGAUCUGAACCUACGAUGUUGAGUAGAUCUCUUUUAUUUUUGUUUAUCUGGAGGGAAUGUAGUUUAGUCCUAGCUUUAUUUAUUUCUGAUAAGAGAAAUUCUUUAUUAUCUAUUAUUUUUACUUGUUCUACGUUUUCUUGGAGGUUUUCUAUUAUCUUUUCGAUUUCAGUAAGAUCUAUAAUGUGUAGUAUAGCUGUAUAGUCCGCAAUUAGUUGCGCAUCAGUUAAUUUUAUUUCGACAUAUCCAUUAUGGUUUUCAUUGAUGGGUUGGAUUAUUAAUGGGAAGGCAGACACAUUCGUUUUUGAUACAUUCGCUUAUACACUGCGCCGCGUCGACACCUACUCGUACGCUAAUACAUUCGUUUACGCAAUUCGUCACAGAGUUAACCCAUAAACAUUCGCUUAUAUUUUCGAAUAGAAACGUUGCAACAACUCGGUUCCGGCGCGCCGACCUCUUUCUUCAAAGUAUUAGUCGACCACUAUCUGCAUCAAUCCGAACGCCGGCAAGUUGGAAUUGAAUUCUCGCCGCCUUCCGUCGAUAUUUAAUGUUAAUUAACUUCAUCAUUUGUUAUUUCGUUGAUUAAAUGAUAUUGUUCGUGAACAAACAAACAUAAUUGAUUUUUCAUUUUAAUUAAGGCAGUGCUGUGUAAGUACUAUUUUAAUCAUGGUCCUUCGAGCCUUAACGAAAGGCACCUUCGGCUUGUCACAGGCAAAUUAAAAACAAUAAUAAUUAACAUAAAUUCGCUUAAUACGAGUAACAAUAAUAAGUGGAUUUGGUGGCAAAAACCAAACGAAGUGCGAUAACGAUGGUGAAAUAAAACAAUAUCCAGUGCAGCGGCGAACACAAAAAAAUAUAUAUAUAAUCUAUAAAACAAACAAAGAAACACCAAAAUAAAGUGCGGAAACAUAAUAUAAGGCAGUGACACAAAUAUACUUAAAAAUACAAACAAAAAUAUAAAUAUAUAUUACAAGAAAACAAAAACACUGUGCGUGAAUUUAAAACAAAGUAUAAUAAACAAUUUCAACAAACAAAAAACAAUAAAAACCACAAAAGAUAAAGACAAUCGGGCGCGAAAACUUAUAGCAAAACAUAAAUACAAACAAGGUAAAACAAAAACGGGCGCGAACAAUACAAACAACAACAAGCACGAGAAGCCAGGCAGUUGGAAGAGUAGAAGAGGAAUAAAGGAAUUGAAUACCCACAAACACACACGCACAUAUGUAUAUUAUCCCCUCCAAAACCCCUUGAGGGAAGAUAAAGUAAGUCGUAUCGUUUGCUUUCCAUUUAUUUCGUGAUGCAUUUAUGUAUAAUAAAGAUUGCAGUUUUUUUAGAACAAAACUGUAAUAAUAAGUAAAAAAGAAGAAACAAAACGGUUUAAAAAUUUAAUAUAACGAACUAAGUUACGACUUUAUUUUCCGAUUUUGUCAGAAAUAUUAUUAGUAAAUAAAGAUUCACUGCCUUCUAUACUUAGCUUUGUGUAUUCAAACACAUAUGUACAUAUAUUUAACAAACACAAAAAUCAAAACAAAUUUAAUUAUCUAUUUAUUUUCCACCAAUAAUGCAAUGAGCAGGAGUAAGUCAAAACAAAAAAGCGAAGGCAAAUCAAAAAUAUAGCAAGAGCAGAGAGCAAAAUAAAGUAAUCAUAUAUAAAUUUACAUAUGUACAUACAUACAUAUCUAUAUGCAAACAUACAUAAAGUAUAGGUACAUAUGUAUGUAGGUUUGUAUAUACAUACAUACCUACAUAAGUGCAUAAGCAAAGCACAAAGAAAAUUACCUUUUUCUUCUCCGGUUUCAAUCUAUCAUUACAUACAAACAUACGGCAAAAUCUACCUGUGAUGAAAAACACAAAAUCUAAAAAAACCAAAAGUUCAAAGUCCAUAUUUGCAAUUAUCCAGCAAUACCUCUUGUUCUUUGGCAAACGAAAACAAGCAGGAUUGUGGACAAAAAGCUAAUUGAUCUCUCUAACGAGCUCUCAAUUGCUUAAGAACAGAAACAUAAUUAUAAAUACAUAAAAACAAAUUGUUCAUACUUAUGUAAAUAGCGCAUUGAUCUCUUCAACGAGCUCUCAAUUGCACAAAACAUAAGCAACAUCAUACGGACAUACAUACAUACAUACAAGUCCAAGUAUUAGGGUGUACUUAAUACAAAUCAUUCGGACUUCAAACAGUUUAAUUAAUAAAAAGCGCGGUUUUUAAUAGCAAAUUACAAUUCAAAUAAAUACAAAGCGAUAUUAAUAAAAAUACGUUUUUUGCUAAUAUUAUCCGAAAUAACAAACUCUUAUUUACGUAAAAGAGUAUUUCAUUUUCUAUACUUUAUCGCUUCAUAUAGAUACUAUAAAUCAGUUUACUCUGACAAAAAUUUUAAUACACAAUAUAAUAAAAAUGGUUAAUAACGGAAAAAAUCAUAAUACACCUGCAGCAGCUAUACGCUCAAAACAGGCUAUUAAAUUCAUUUCAGAAAGUGACAGUUUAACAAUAUCCUGCACUACAUUUGCCUUUUCACCGACUCACGAACACUCGGAAUGGUUAUUAGAAGUAAAAGAUCAAAAUCUUAAAAAUUUUUGGACUCGCCUCCAAACGGCUCAUGACGCCAUUGUAGAUUCUGACGAGUCAGAUCUGCCACAAAAUUUUAAAUUAUCUGCUUACGCCAUAUACGAACUCCGAUCAAAUAAAGCUCAUUAAAGCAAUUGCACCUACUCCCCACAGUAGAGUAGAGCUGCCCCAAAUAGAUAGUCAAAAGACAAGUUCCGGCAUCCACCUCGAGGUGCCGCCAUGUGAUACAGAAACAUUCUAUGAAGGUUAUGAACAAUGGCCGUCCUUCCGGGACAUGUUUACAGCCGUUUACAUCAACCAUCCAGAACUAUCAAAAGCACAAAAAUUGUAUCACCUACGAUACAAGACAAAAGGUCAAGCAGGCGUCAUAGUAAAACAGUUCGCUCUUAAUGACGAUAAUUUCAAUUUGGCUUGGGUAGCUCUAAAAGCUAGAUACGAAAACAAUAGAAUACUGGUCGAUAAACAAGUAAUGACACUAAUGAACUUGCCAAAAAUUAAAAAAGAAACAAGUGUAGAAUUCAUCAACCUAGAAUCCACUGUUUCAAAUUGUUUGUCGGUUCUAUCGACACUUAAUAUUCCCACAGACAGCUGGGACCCAAUUCUGGUUAACAUUUGCACCGCCGCAUUAUCAGAAAAGUCGUUACUUCUAUAGGAGCAAUCGCUCUCAUCACGAAAAAAGUGCCCAACGUGGCAACAAAUGAAAGAUUUUCUCACCACCCAAUAUGAAAUUGCGGAAAUGUUAGAAAAAGAUAUAAUCAAAACUAAGAACAUGAAACACGACUAAAACCGAAGCUUCAAUAGACCCCAAGUUAGUAACAAAAACAAUUUAAACAAACGCAAUCACAUAAUGCAAUCGUUCAUAUCCGAACAGAAAAAGCAAACGUCAUGCGAACUAUGUAAAAGAGGGCAUAAGCUUAAAACUUGCGAGAAGUUUAAAAAAUUAAACAUUAACGAAAGGAACAACUUGGCAGAUCAAAAAAACUCUGUACAAACUGCUUGUCCCAUACACAUAAGAUUAAAAAUUGCAAAAGCAAAUUUAACUGCUUAUAUUGUCAUAAAAUUCAUUACAGUACAUAUCCCAUUUCACCUCGAAGGAGCGCAUUUACAAAAAAAAACCAAGGGGUCCAAUUACAAAAGCAAAUACCGACAGCCAAAAUACUAAAAAUAGCGAAACACAAAGUGGAUUAGUUACAAAACUAGUUACCACCAUGCCAACUAAAGUUGAGUAUAAAACAAACAGUAGUGCGUUUCUAUAACCCAUUUCGAUCGAUGUUCUCGACUCAAAUUCUCGAUUUGACGUCACUCACACUCAAUGUGUUUCUGUAAAAUAAUUACUCGAUUCAAUCGAUAGUCAGCUGAUAUGUUCCAUUCCAUUUCAGUAGGAAUGCUCGACUGAAUGUGUUUCUGUAACCAAAUUGAAUGAAAUACUGUCAAUUGGUUUUCUCACUUCCAUUUGAGGUGAUGACAAAAAAAUUUUUCGUUAAAUUCAAAAUGGAAUUAGUUGAAUUUAAAGCAAAUAGAAGUAGGGCGGGGCGUGUUACGAAUGGCCAAAAGAGGCGGUUACUGCACUUAAUACAGCAGCACCGCAGCGUUGGAAGGGGCCAAUUUAGGAAACCAAACGCGAGGAAGGAGCACGAAAAGGUUUGGGCUGCCGUUGUUGCUGAAUUAAAUGCAUUGGGAGGGUCCCACAAGUCCCCUAAUCAGUGGAAAAAGUGUUGGAUAGACUGGAAAUCGGCAGUCAAGAAGCUGCACAAUGCCCACAGAGCGUUCGCCAGACGAACUGUCGAUGUUACCAUUGAGGAUGAAGUGAUCUUCGAAGUGGAGGCACUUGAAGAGGUUGCAAUGGGUCAGGUGCUUGAGGUUGUGCCAAACAAACAGCAACCCAAACAGCGCACAAACCAAAGCUGUGUGGAAGAGGCGAGCAUUCUCAUUGAAAAUCACCAUGCGCAGCUGAAAGAGAUUUUGGAGAGACAACACAAGGAGCACAUGGGUGUUUUAAAUGGAAUUCACGAUACACUGAGAGCUCUGCUGGAAACCAUGACGGGAGCGACUGUUGCAUAAGGAGUAGGCACAGCAAAAUAUUCAUAUUUUCUAAAUAUUAUAUUCAUUGGUUGGGGCCAAGGCUUUGCGUAUGUACACCAAUAGCAGUAGCUGCUUCAAACGGGGUUACAUAGUCGCGCUCCAAUUGUUUUUGCUUUGAAAUCUAUUCCCGGAAAGACAGUACUGUUCACUA